AAAGUGUUCAACUACGAACAAGCAGAGGAAGUUGUUAUGGCUUAACUACCAAGAAGAACGAACUAAAGUUCUGUUAUAAUUCGUAGACGUAGUAGUAGUUAUCAAUCAACACAGUCUCCGAGGACUACGUGGAUUAUUAUUUGCUGAUUUAAUCCAGACUUCAUUCUCCCUCAGGAGGACCUGCUCCACCCUAUGUUGAUAAGUUCUGCUACAUCUUCUUCUCACUACCUCUGUCUAGUACGUACUAGAAGUUCUAAAAAUCCAGCUUUUGGUCAAGAAAUCCGAGAUCUCUUCACCGGAUGCGAGAAUACGGCAGACUUUUUGAUGCUUUUCCAGAUUUUGGUCGAAUACGUCGCGGCCUAUGGAGCAGAGGUUGGAGAACUAGAAAGAGCACUUGAGGAGUCAGAACUUGGAACGGACGACGGUAAGAGCAAUGAUCCCAACAAUAUCAAAGCUACAGUUACUACAACUACAACCUCGUUGUUUACCCCAGAGCAAACUUUUCUUUAC